AUGUAUUCCAGCUGUGUGGGUGUUGAAGAAGAAGAGGCUCCAGAUAUCGACAUCUAUCAUUGUCCAAAUUGUGAGAAAACCCACGGAAAGUCUACUUUGAAAAAGAAAAGAAACUGGCAUAAACACGAUACUGGACAGACGACAGAGGUCAAACCUGUGCAGAACGGGAGCCAAGUGUUUAUAAAAGAACUUCGAAGUCGUACUUUCCCGAGCGCUGAAGAUGUCGUCGUGAAAGUGCCGGGCAGCCAGCUAACGGCAGAGUAUUUGGAAGAGCAUGGCUUUGCAGAGCCCAUCCUCGUCCCGAAGAAGGACGGCCUGGGUUUGUCCGUGCCCGCGCCCACCUUCUACGUCAGCGACGUUGAAAACUACGUUGGACCAGAGAGGAGUGUUGAUGUCACCGACGUCACCAAACAGAAAGACUGCAAGAUGAAGCUCAAGGAAUUUGUGGAUUACUACUACAGUACGAACAGGAAGAGGGUGCUCAACGUGACCAACCUGGAGUUCUCGGACACGAGGAUGUCGAGUUUUGUAGAGCCUCCAGAUAUAGUCAAGAAGUUGUCCUGGGUGGAAAACUACUGGCCUGAUGAUGCUCUUCUGGCGAAACCAAAAGUCACCAAGUACUGCCUGAUCUGCGUGAAGGACAGCUACACAGACUUCCACAUAGAUUCGGGAGGAGCUUCCGCAUGGUACCACGUGCUGAAGGGAGAAAAGAUAUUUUAUCUCAUCAAACCAGCCUCUGCAAAUAUUUCUCUUUAUGAACGCUGGCAAUCGGCAGCAAACCACAGCGAGAUGUUUUUUGCAGACCAAGUAGAUAAAUGUUACAAGUGCACAGUUAAACAAGGACAGACACUCUUCAUUCCAUCAGGUUGGAUUUAUGCAACUCUAACGCCUGUAGACUGCCUGGCCUUUGCAGGACAUUUUCUACAUAGUCUAAGUGUUGAAAUGCAGAUGAGGGCAUAUGAAGUAGAACGACGAUUGAAAAUUGUCAGUCUGACCCAGUUUCCAAAUUUCGAAACUGCAUGUUGGUAUAUGGGAAAGCAUCUGCUAGAGACAUUCAAAGGUUUGCAUAAAGCUGGGCAACAACCUCCUGCUCAUUUACUCCAAGGAGCAAAAAUUCUCAAUGGUGCUUUCAGGUCAUGGACUAAAAAACAGGCUUUAGCAGAGCAUGAAGAUGAACUACCAGAAAACUUCAAACCAGCACAACUUAUCAAGGACCUUGCCAAAGAAAUAAGAUUAAGUGAGAAUGCUUCGAAGGCCAGCAAAGCAGACACGAGUGCCAACACAAAUGCCGAGGAGAUCUGUCCCGUGGAGAAGGAGGAGGCACCAUCACCUGUCGAAGUGACGCCUCCGCCCCCACCUGUAGAAAAGCUCCCUAAAAAAAAGACUCCCAAAACUGUGAAAGCCCCCAAACAACUCAAGCCAUCCAAACCCCCCAAACCUCCCAAGCCGCCCAAACCGCCGAAGCCUCCCAAGACACCGAAAGUUAAGGGAGAAGGAAAAAAGAAAGGCAAGAAGGCAAAAGAGAGUCCACCGCCAGCCAUCCCGAAUCUCGACUUGCUGGAGGCACACACAAAGGAGGCUCUGACAAAGAUCGAGACGCCAAAGAAGGGGAAGGCUGCAAAGAAUGUUUUAAGUGUUCCCAAUAAGGAAACUGCUAGUAAGCAGAAUGAGGUGGAGAAAUUUGAAGUUCGAGAGCAAAAUAAAAGCAAAACGGAAGCCAAAUGGAAGUAUAAGAACAGUAAACCCGAUUCACUUCUAAAAAUGGAAGAAGAACACAAAUCGGAAAAGACACCUUUAUCAGGAAAUAAGGACAACAAAUUUACAUUCUCUUUCUCUAAUAAAAAGUUGCUUGGUUCAAAGGGAGCCAAAACCCAGCUGAAUACUAGUGUGUUUGGGUCCCUGCAGAAUUUUAAAGAAGAUAAAGCAAAACCUGUACGAGAUGAAUAUGAAUAUGUGUCAGAUGAUGGUGAACUUAAAAUUGAUGAGUUUCCAAUCAGGAGGAAGAAAAACACUACGAAAAGAGAACUGCCCUUUUUAUCGGAUAAAAAAGACACUCUGCAGCACACUCCUGUUAAGAAGCCGAAGGUGGAGUCGGUAUCGUACAAGAGUGAUGACUCGUCAGAUGAGGAUUUGCUUCACAUUGACACGGAGGCAAAGCCAGGGCGCAAUUCCAAAGUAAAGAAAGAGAGUGGAACAGGAAUUCUUGAUCUCUUGCAGGCAAGCAAGGAAGUUGGGGGUUUAGAGUAUAACACCAACAGUCAGCCACCUGCCUCACCCAGCACGCAAGAAGCAAUCCAGGGCAUGCUAUCGAUGGCAAACCUCCAGUCGUCAGAGUCCUGCCUCCAGGCAUCGUGGGGUACCAAUCAGGCGAAGAAUAACUCCAUCUCCACGCAAAACUCUAAAAAAUCAGGUGGUGGCAGCAACAAAAAUGCAGGCAAGCGGUUACUAAAGAAAAGCACAAAGAACAGCAUUGACAUCGAAGAUUACGAUGAAGAUCAGGACCACUUAGAUGCCUGUUUUAAGGAUUCAGAUUACGUUUACCCUUCUCUUGAAUCAGAUGAAGAUAAUCCAGUAUUCAAAUCCCGAUCAAAGAAAAGGAAAAGCUCAGAUGAUGCCCCUUACAGUCCAACGGCACGAGUUGGCCCUUCGGUGCCUCGACAAGACAGACCGGUGCGAGAGGGCACGAGAGUCGCCUCCAUUGAAACUGGACUCGCCGCGGCUGCCGCGAAGUUGUCACAGCAGGAGGAACAAAAAGGCAAGAAGAAAAAAAAUACCAAAAAGAAGCUGUCAACCAACAACGCGAACAAACCGGCUCAGGAAGGCAGCUCGCCAGAGCCGAAGCUGGAGUCACAUGCCAGCAGCCUCACAGAUCACGAGUACACCGCAGGGGCCAGCACCUUUGGGGUCGCCCAGCCUAACAAGGGAUCGCAGCCGAUGGCACCCGGUGUUUUCCUCACACAGAGGAGACCCUCAGCAUCCUCGCAGAACAAUGCCUCCGCCAAAGGUACCAGGAAACGCCUGGGGUUAUGGUGUAGGAAUGGGGAAGGUGUCCUGGCGAGGCGGGAUGCAGAUGGGGUAAGAGAGGGCAAGGAGAAAUGUGGAGCUGCGAUGGUGCAUGGGUUGGUCUCAGUGCGGUGGGCAAGGCGUCCUCGGGGCAGCAUUGGCCCAGGGCUCGUGGUGGCACGCAAGCUCAGUGUCCCUGUCAGAGGAUGGCAGAGGGGGCCCAGGGGUGCCUGGGAGCAUACGGGUGUGCGGCAAGGACAGCCUGCCGGGUGCGAGGCGCUACGGCUUGUGUGUGGGUGGACGGAGGCAUGGCAGAGCAGGACCACGCUGGGUGGCUGGGUCCGGACUGGCAGCGUGCGGGCGUCAGCAGCGCGCCAGGCUGGGUGGUGCCACCGGGCAGCGGGGCUGGCACUGCCGGGGCAGGAGGAGCCCCAGCUGGCAGAGGGGGUGAGAUGA